GGGGUUUCUCUGAGCUCGAGUCAUGGCGUCUGCGGAGGAUCUGUUUGAGGGAAUUGUAAUGUGUGAGGAGAGAUUCCGUGGAGAGGGAUAUUUGGAUGGCUUUGCUGAAGGAAAUCAUGUUGGGGAGUCAGAGGGCAAGCAAUAUGGGACUAUCUAUGGAUCAAGAGUAGGGUCUGAGCUUGGUUGCUUUCUGGGUUUUGCCACCACUUGGAGACAGCUUCUUACACAUUCGUCAGAAGAAAAGCACAGUAAGAAAAUAAAGGCGUUAGAUUCACUAAUACGGAUGAUUGAGGACUUCUCUUGUGAUGAUCCAACUAACGAUAAACUGCAGGAGAGCAUGACCAGGAUCUAUGGGAAGGUGAAGCAGGAACCAACCCACAGCUUCAAGGUCGGAGACACAGUGUGCAUCAGACAGCUGAAUAAAGCAAAGAAGGGAGGCUUCCCAUACGGUCCACCUACCGAAGUUGUGGCCAUCACUCGUACUGCCAUCCUCACAGCCCAGGAGCCCAUCUGGAUCCACGCAUCUAGGGUAAAGCUCUGUCCAAAGAGGGGUGAAGCUGGCUGUCUAGUCCCUUCUGAAACAUCUGUACCACCAGUCCAGGACGUCUCAGAAAACAGUUGUACAUAAAGAGGGGUGAAGUGUUCAUAAAGUCCCUUCUGUAACACCUGUAGCAUUCUCGACUGCCAAUCCAAAGAGGGGUGAAGUUGGUCACACAGUCCCUUCUGUAACAUCUAUAUCCACAGCACGUACCUGCAACAACAUGAUCGCCACUCAAGGGUCCCACUACUUGGUGUACUGCUACCUUCUCUCCUCCUUGCUCUUGAUUGCAAUACCCGGAUGGAUAAUAGCCUCCUGCUAUUAUGAGACACUGGACGAACAAUAUGGUACUGCCUCUGCUUGUAAUUACUUCAUCACUCCCCCUGACUCACCCCAGAAACAAAACACAACCAAGAACUCAACAACCCUGCCAACACCACAUGUUCCAGCCCUCCGUAGAGCCCGAAGGUCAGCAUACCGGACCCCUUUCAGGGUGAUCGAGCACCUACCCUCAAAAAAUGGCCAUUACACACACCACGCUAUACGACCUUUUGGUACAAUUCUUCAAAUCUCCAUGUUGCCACUUAUGCCUUUGACUAUUGUGACAUUAUCCCAUGCCCCGGGGAUGUAUCAACACAGUGUACCAUUUACCACGAUAUCCCUUCCAGGUCAGUCUAUAUGUGUAUAGGGGAGAAUGAUGAUAGGAGUAAGGAUUGUAAAUACUGGAAUGCUGAUGGGUGGGAUGCAGAUGCAGGCCUUAGAUGGGGAACUAUUAUAUUAACCGAGAAAGAUAGAAAUAGGAGAUCCUUAAUGGAAAGAAUGACCCUUUCUAAGUCCGGAAUUUGCCUUUCGGCAGGUAAACCCGGACAGAUUAUGAAACUUACCUUGACUAUUGAAAACCCCAGUCCAAUUGAUAGUGGCCCUUAUAUGCUCUCUUUUUGGGAAAGAGGGGCCUUAUCCGAAGAUAAGGGUAGUUUCAAGCUUCAAGAUAUGGUUAAUUCCUCUGAAUGGAACAAAAUUGUCACUAAAAUUUAUCAAAACCUUGGUCAAAACCUAAUUAAUACCCAGUCCCCAUCUCAGGGCAUGAUUGCUAUGGCUGAUCCCUCACCAAGAGAUACUAUGGCCUUAGAAACAGGUUAUUCAGACAAAAACCUUUGGUUAGAAUGGAUGGCCUUUUCGGCCAAACAAUAUAAUAGAUCAAAUUGUUAUGUUUGUGGUAAUGCCCGUCCCCAUUUAGGUACUGUCCCCCUUAACAUCCCUAGUAACGCUGAGUCCUGCUUUCUCAGCCUGUAUACUAAUACCAUUGUUAAUCAGUCAACCUGUAUUGCAUGGAAGGAAAAAUACCCCAUUAUUACUAAAACUCCACACCUCAGUGAGGGAAUUACUAUAUAUCCUGGUAACUACACUUGUUAUAGGGGCACAGGAAAAGGUGGAUUCUUAGGUAACUUUACAUCUGGGUACUGUUAUAAGUAUAAGUAACCUCAACACCCAUAACCACAUUCAGUCGUUAGGUGACAUAUAUUGGAUUUGCGGGGAUAUGAAAAUCCGCAUUAGGCUAGAGGGACAAUGGUCUGGGGAAUGUGCUCUAGCAAAAGUUAUCAUGCCUCUCCACAUUUUAGGUGUAGAUGACAUACACAUACACACUCACCGCACCUCCUCUCAUCGUACACGGAGACAGACUAAGGCUAUCCCAGGUAGUUUUGACCCCCAUGUAUACAUAGACGCUAUAGGGGUCCCAAGGGGGGGUCCCAGAUGAAUUUAAGGCCCGUGACCAGGUUAAAGCUGGAUUUGAAUCCAUCUUCCCCAUCAUAACUGCCAAUAAAAAUGUAGACUGGAUAAACUAUAUAUUUUAUAAUCAACAACGUUUUGUUAAUUAUACCAGAGAUGCCCUUAAAGGCAUUGCUGAACAACUCGGCCCAACCUCUUACAUGACAUUCCAAAACCGCAUGGCCUUAGACAUGCUUUUAGCAGAGAAAGGAGGGGUGUGUAAAGUCAUUGAUGAUCAGACUGGUGGGUCGUGCUGUACAUUUAUACCAGAUAAUACAGGUCCCACUGGAAAAGUAACGCUUGCUAUUAAGAAAUUGGAAGAAUUAUCCAUUGAAUUAAAGAAAAACUCAGGCAUUGAUAACCCCUGGGAUAAAUUCUUCACUGGCUUAGGCUUCCUAGAGUGGCUAAAAAAUAUUGGUACCUUUAUUGUUUUCAUUGCUUUGUUUAUACUAUUCUGUUAUUGUUGUUUUAAGAUAGUUGUUUCUUUCAUGUAAUUAGCAAGAGUCCAUGAGCUAGUGACGUAUGGGAUAUA